CUUUAUUCUUCAUCGAAUUAUCAAGGAUCUCUGUCUCUCUUAUGAGCUUUGGGUUCCGAAGAAGAAGAAGAUGGAUCUCUCUUCUCAACGACAAUCCCCAAAUGUGUCAACAGGUGUUCGGCUUCAAGCUCCAUUGGUGGACUCUGUUUCUUGCUACUGCAGAGUAGAUUCAAGUCUCAAGACCGUUGUAGAAGCAAGAAAGUUCGUUCCUGGCUCAAAGCUCUGUAUCCAACCUAACAUCAACCCCAAUGCUCACCGUCGCAGCAAGAACAACCCUAAGCAAGAAAGAACAAGAAUCCAACCUCCUCUCCUCCCUGGCCUCCCUGACGACCUAGCCAUCGCUUGUCUCAUCCGUGUCCCACGUGCAGAACAUAGGAAACUCAGGCUUGUCUGUAAGAGCUGGUACAGGCUUGCUUCUGGCAACUUUUAUUACUCGGAAAGGAAGCUAAUUGGGAUGUCUGAAGAAUGGGUUUACGUUUUCAAAAAAGACCGUGAUGGAAAGAUCUCUUGGACCACUUUUGAUCUUGUCUCUCACCAUCCACACCCUCUUCCACCUCUUCCUAGAGAGAAUGACAUGAGCAUGAGUCUGGUUGAUGUUUUGAAUCAUGAUAAGAACAACACUCGGAUAUGGGAGAACAUUGCGGUGAAAGGACAGUCUAAGAGCGUUCUCAGUAAUAUAUGGUCGAGUAUAGCAGGAAGAGCUGUGAAAAGUCAUAUUGUGCAUUGUCAAGUGCUUCAAGCCUGA